AAUUUUUUGACAGAUGUAUCACUCAGGUGUUAUGUACAUUUUUUGGUUAUAAUAAUUUUUCCGGGUCAUUAUCAAAAAUAGUAAUUAAAUAAAGCUCAUUCCUGUGUGUCCAAUACUCAAAAACUGUUAAUUAAUAUCGACAAGUGGGAUAUUUACCUGUUACCACAAGUCACAUCGAAAGUUGUUACCUGUCGAAUUAUAUUAUUCAUAUUUAACGUUGGUUAUUGAAUGAAGUUAAGAGCAAAAGCAUACACAAAGAUGAUAUUCCAAUUGGUUAGAAGACUUCACACUAGUCCUGUUUGCAGGGCAGCCGAAUCGUCUCUGCUAGCCAAGCUUCGCAAGAAGACCGGAUACACUAUAGCUAACUGCAAAAAGGCUUUAGAGAUGCACAACAAUGAUUCAGAUAAGGCCGAGGCUUGGUUGAACGAGCAAGCCCAAGCGAUGGGUUGGGCAAAGGCAACUAAACUGGCUGGCAGGACCGCUUUGCAGGGUCUCGUCGCCGUUAAGUUCGACAAAGGUCAUGGAGCAUUAGUAGAACUCAACUGCGAAACAGACUUUGUUGCUAAGAAUGAUAAGUUCCACAAAAUGAUGGAAGACGCCACUCUAGCGGCAUUCAAAUUCGCUCACACGCAUUUGCAAGCUAAAGGUCCAAUCACAAAGAUGGAGCUAGACAGCGAACAGCUAGGUAACUUGCAGGCCGAGGGAGGUAAAAAGUUAUCCGAAACACUGGCUUUGUUCAUUGGCACUGUCGGUGAAAACGCAGUACUAAGGCGAGCGGAAUGCUGGAAAGCCAACCAAAACGAAGUCAAAAUAACAGCUUACACCCACCCCGCCCCAGCCACUCCUGGCGACUACUCUGCCGGCAAAUAUGGCGCCCUACUAGCAUACAAACAACCCAACGAUCUGCAAGACUUCGGCAGGCAACUGUGUCAACACAUCGUCGGCUGUGCACCAGUUAAAAUUGGCGACAAGGAGAAAGAUAAGCCAGCGAAAAAUUCUGACGACGAAACCUGCCUCAUUUUCCAAGAAUAUCUUUUAGAUCCUUCAUAUACUGUUGAGGAGGUGAUGGAACAAAACAAAUUAGAGAUAAUCGAUUAUGUGAGGUUUUCUUGUGGAGAAGCAGUUGAAUCUAAUAUGCCUGGUGUAGAGAAACAACCUCUGGAUACAGUCCAAACUUUACAGUAGAUGCUUAGCAGUAGAACUCCAUAUAAAUACAAUAACAAUCUGUUAAAACACAUAUUGUUGAAAUUUAUUUGCACUAAAAUACAUAGUUUAUAUUUUAUUUAUAUUUAUGGAUUAAAUUACUUAAAAUAUUUUCUUUGUUUUUGUAUAAUGUAAAUAUUCUAAAAGCUUUAUCUAAAAUGAUCUAUAGUUAAUAAAUCAUUUUUUGUAUGAGUCAGCAUGGA